GUUUUAGCUCAAAAGGCAUUUUAAAGUGAUCUGGAAGAACGAGAAUAAUCCCGUGGAAGGCUUCGAUGGACUUUAUCUCACCGACGAUGACAUAAGUGAGCUGCAGCAAAUCGUCAAAACAGACCGCAGGAAUGGUUUCAAUCAAAUUGAUGGCAUUAUUGGCAAAGAGCGUGAUCUUGGUGUGGAGAAUUUGGUUGGUUCCGGAAUGAUUGCUGGUGAAACAUCGCGAGCAUACAACGAAGUUGUGACCUAUUCGUUGGUAACAGGCCGAACGGUUGGCAUUGGCUCGUACGUGGCACGGCUGUCCAGGCGUAUAUGCCAAGUGGAAAAUGCGGAUAUCAUUUUGACUGGUGCGCCAGCGUUAAAUUCAUUGCUGGGCCGCGAAGUGUACACCUCCAAUGGUCAGUUAGGCGGCACCGAAAUCAUGACACGCAAUGGAGUGACGCAUUCGUCGGUCAUGAACGAUUAUGAGGGCGUCUGUCAAAUACUGAGGUGGUUAUCGCAUACGCGCCGAAGUGUGAAGGCACCAUUCAAACAGCACGAAUGUGAGGACCCCAUUGAUCGAUGUGUGAGCUAUGUGCCAUCACCGAACAAAGAAAGCGACCCACGUUUGAUGAUGACGGGCACUGAUGUUCUUCCUGGCUUUUUUGACAAAGGAUCCUUUGAAGAAGACGACGGGUUAUUCAAGGAAUGA